GGCGAACAUAUAACGAUGCCACGUGUACGCGUGACCGCCAUGACAGCUGAUGCUCGUCGCAGUACUUGACGUUUGAUCAGAACAUGUUAUUUUGCAGAUUUCUUUCCUACAAAUGGCAGACUCUUUUUUCGGUUUUGAUACUACGCUUGGAGAUAGUGGUUUAGAGGAGGGAUUGGAUUGUCCAUUGGAAGAAGAAGAUCUUGGUGAAGAAGAAGAGUACGAUGCCUUGAACGAUGAAACAUUUGGUCCUGAUGCUACAAUUGGUGAUUGGGAGAAAGAUCAUGAAAAACUCGCCGAGAUUGCGGAAUCAAGUCGUCCACAUAAUCAGAGUGGGACAAAUAAGAAGAAUGGUGUUAAUAUAGACAUUCAGGAUAAUUUAUCGCAUUUGGUAUUGGAUGACAAGGAAGGAAUAGUUCCACGUCCUGGUGUAUGGAGUAGUCCUUCUGAAAUAUCUCUUCCUAAAGCUCGCCCCCGUUUAUCUCUGCCAGCUAAUCUGAAAAAUGCCUGUACAGUGGAAGAAUUGGAAAGGGGACUUAUUGCAAAUAGACCACCACCAGGUCUCAGCAAACCACAAACGCAACAACAGCAGAAGAAGCCCGAAGGUUCACUUCUCUUUGAAGCUUUGUCUUUGAAUGAGAAACUUCAAAUUAAUGGCCUACCUCCACCACCACCACCACUACGCUUUCCACCGGGAUUGGGCAUACCUGGGCCGCAUCCUAUGGUCUUACCUAAUGUAAGACCACCCCCGCAAUUUAUGCCACCUCCUAGAUUGCUACUUAAUCAAUCUGGGAAUAUAUUACGUUAUCCUGUGCCGCAUUUAAUGUUGCCGCACACAGUACAAAGGCAAACUCUUCAUGGCUCCUAUGGGUUUUCUCAACCACCACAUCCCAACUUAGGAGGAGGUCCACAGUUCCUUCGGCCAGAUCACAUGAUGCCUCCAUUUUCUAAUAAUCAAACCAACCAUCAACAAUAUCAACAUUCUUAUUCACAUUCAAGUAACCAGAGAAACCAGAAUAUAUCUUAUCACCAUAAUGAGCAACAGGGCGGACAUCAACCGUUUUUUAAAAAUAAUCAACAUCAUCGCAAUCAUGACAGAAAUAAUCAAAGACAUUAUCAUAAUCAACAUUACUCUCCGAGCAUUAAUGGUAUGAAUGCUUCAGGAGAGUAUGAUGAAUAUGCAGGUCUUAUGAGUAGUCGUGAGAAGCAGUGGUUAAUUAAUAUUCAACUGUUACAACUGAAUACAAUUCAACCGUAUGUUGACGAUUAUUAUUAUACCGUGUUUUGUGAUAGACAAAAUAAGCAAUACGCAAAUCAAGAGCAGAAAGAUAGAAGGCACCAUAAUAACAAUGGAUAUCACAGAGAUCAUAGAGAUUGGGAGACUAAUCCACCUCAAACUCUUUCAAGAUCAGCGUACACGCCAGCCCAAUUUGAGAAUUCAUUGGGCAAACUACAUUUUAGUAGUGUAACUGCACCACGUAAAAUUAUCGAUAUGGAUGUUGUACCAAAUAGCGACUCGCAGUCUACUCCACAAUCGCAGCAGAAGGAUACUAAAAAAACACGACAACUACUCCUUGAAAUCGAGAGGCUGUAUAUAGUUCUAUUGAAACUUGAAGAUCUGAGUAACCCUCUUGCUGUUAUCCCGGAGCCGCAACAACAGCAAGAAGGGGAAGCUGAGACAAAUGCAAAUAAAACUGAACCUGAAUUAAUCGGCAUGAUGUUAUCGUCUUUGCAACAAUUAGUACAAGAUGACAAAUUAGCUAGUAUGCUAAGUAUUCGAAAAGGAAAGACAUUAUUACUGCGUUUUUUACCUCACCUGGAUGUAACGGAAUAUCAGGAACAGUUAAGAGAAUUAUGGACUGCAAUAUUCAAAGGACUAGCUAUAAUAGGUCGUAGAGAUUGUCAUUUAUUAACAAACUUUUAUUCCGAAUAUCGAAGAUGGCUUAAUACUGUGAAAAAUUUUGAUACAAUACUCCGAUUAGCAAGAGCACUAUCUGAUUCGGUACAACCUGUUAGAAACAAUAGCUUGGCUUUUGCUCUUAUGAACAAGUUUGGUGUAUCCGUAAUAGCGGCACUGUUCGAACAAUCAGAACGAUUAUGCGCCGCAGAAGAAUCCCUGCCUUCUGAAUGGUCGACUUUUGUAAUAACGAUAACUGAAAUGAUCGGUGAUUCGUCACCCUGCGUUACACCUUGCCAACCUGUUGCUGCAAAUACGCUCAAUAAACAUCUGAAUCGGAUUCCCGACUUAAAAAUAGAGAGGUAUACAACACUACGAUGCUUGUUAACUGAUGCCAACUCAUUACGAUAGUCUAACGCUGCGUAAGUUACACUUGACAGUUUUUUCUUAAGUCUGUCUUUUUUUAAUGUAUAAGAAAUAAUUAAAUUAUACUAAAAAAUAUAGACAUAUAUUUUAAUAUUACAUUAUCAUUACUACUGUUAUUGGAACAUUUAUUGUGUACGAUAAUAUUUUUAAAUAGAUGCCAUGAUUUUACAAAGUAGAUUAAGUAUCUGAUGAGAGAUACUUAAAAAAAAAAGAGAUAAAAAAAGAAUACGAAGAUAUUUUGAACAUCCUGAUGCACAAUGAAGUUUCUUACUCGUACAUAUAUAUAUAUAUAUAUAUAUAUAUAUAUAUAUAUAUAUAUAUAUACAUAUAUAUAUCAUCUUUCAUUGUAUAUUUUGUAUACCUUAAUCGAUUUAAGCUCGUAAUUGGUAGCAUAAAAAAGUUACUUCAAUAUUAGAAAAAAUACGUCGAAUGAUGUAGUAAAGUUGCAUGCUAACCUUUUUAGAACGGCUUUUUCUUUAAUUACGAGUAUAGCUUGAUUCUACUGUGUAAAACUGGUAUCUAAUAUAUUAAACUAUACAUCCUACCUUUUUCUCACAUAUUACAUUUCUAUUUCUUUUGUAAUAUGCACAAAAUCGUGAAUACUUCUCUAUUUUCAUCUAGAAUGUGUAGAAUAAAACUAUUUGCGCAUCAUAUCUAUUCUGGAACAAAAUUACAUGAGAAGAUGACACUACAAACUGUUCUAUUUAACAAGAAUGCUUUUAGCAGUCAUAUUUUUCAUGUAAAUUUAUUUCAAGAAGAAUGGUGCGCAGAAAUUUUUUUUUAUUUUUUAUAAAAUUGAUUAACGUAUCAAAUUUAUCUGAUUAUUAUUUAUUUAUAGAUUUCUGUUUUUUAAUUUUGAUUGUACUCACAAAGUUCAACUAAAUAAUUGUAAAUAUAUUAAAAAUAAUAUUUUUUUCUUUCAUGUGUCCUUAAGUGUACUUUUUUAAACUCAAUUUUGUGUAUAUUCUACACAUGUAUAGAAUACGUGUUUAUUAUCCACAUAACAUGAUGCAUAGGAUGUGUAUGUUUUCACUUAUGUUUAUCACAUAACGAAACAAAUAUGUACAUUGUUAUUGCAUACGCAUCACUCUGAAUAAAAUCAAUAAUGCUAAAAAAGAAAAAAAAAUAGACCCGCUAUCAAUGUACAGAUGACUUAUAUUUUGGAAAUAAUGACAAAUAAUCAUUUACACUGCACUGUUGAAAUGUAAUUACAGAGACGAGAAUAUGCAACAAUUGCAUAAGUUAGUGUGUCAGCGGCAAAACUGUAAUAGUUUUUUUAUAACGUUUGUAUUAUACAUUAUGUAGCGAAAUUAAAUUCCUAUCGGUUCCGACAUCAGAAGCAUGUGAUAACAUGAUGUUUAAUCUAGUUGUAAAAGACAUUACAGUCCCGACAAUUUAGGGAAUGUGGUUUUCUUUUAAUACAAUAGUUAUUGUUAUUAGGUCAGGGCAUAACUUUGUGAUGACCGUGUAAUGAAACGGAAAUAAGGGAUUUCCACUAAUCGUAACGUGCGCUUGCAGUAACAUAAGAAUUUGAGACGAUCUAAAGUAUAUGACGACAUGGCCUUUAGAAUACUAAAUAAGGUAAUUACUUUCUAUCGCAGUUUAACUAUUAUCUUGUUUACGUAUUUCUAGCUUGUAUAUAGAAUUGAUAUUGACGCGCGAACGACUGGACUACAUUUUGUAAUCAAAUGCAGGAAUGUUUCAGUUUCUGCCAUGUCGCAUAACAUAAUAAUAUUAAUGGCAUUUUGCAAAAACAUCAUAAAGUUAGAAACGAAGUUUAUCUUGUUAUUAGUUUGUAGUAUCAAUAUAUAGAGUAACUGCGUUAUUGAUUCGAGUGAUAUUUUUGAGUUACACAGGCAUUUUGUAAGUGAGAGGUAUCAAUGAAGAUUGGAGCAUCGCAUCGCAAUAUUAAUUUUAUAUAAAACAGACUUGAAUAGCUUAUCUCCAUAUCAUCUUAAGUCGAUAUUUUGAGGAGAUAAAAAUUUCGCGUUUGUGAAGCUUAUAUAUAAGCUUUAUGUAACGCUUCACAACAUGGAGUCUGCAAUUUUCUCCAAAUAUGGAUUUAAUACGGCUUGGACAACAAGAUUCGCAACAACUUGAGCAAUUAUUUUAAUAUUUUUACUUUAUGGUAAUAUGUAGGAUCAAAGUUAAACUGCAAACAUUAAUAAGACUUUAUAACAUCGCAGUUUUGUUUAUUCACAUUUAUCAGUAUAUGUUUAAAGGAAUUAUGAUUUAAAAGCAGAUUUGUCAUUUCAAUGCGAUUAGCUCGUAGGAUUUAAGAAAAACAUGUUAAAAAGGAUGACAUUUCUAUUGUUACUAUUAAUUUUACUAGGGUUACCCCUUUGGACGUUACAAAUCACACGAUAUUGAACAAAAGGCAAACAGCUAAAAAUGAAUAUUCAUAAAUUAAUACUUGUGAUCAAUCAUGUACAGUUUAAAAAUUUUGCUAAUUACCACUCUCAUCAACACGUAGUAAACCGAUAAAGAGAAAUAAAUUCUAUGUUUUUACAUAAACAAUGCUAAAGAUUUAAGGCAUACACGAUUGAUUAUGUGCCCCGAGCCUGUCCAAUGCCUGCUAGUUCAUAGACAAUGAUGCAUGUCUAAGAGGAGCCCCCAAGAGUUACAAUACAUUCUUCUUACUACGUAACUGGGCUCGCGCUCUUUUCGGACGAUAAACUUAGUUGUAGGUACAGCGUGUUUAUGAAUUGUUUCGAGCGCUCUCGCGUAAGAAAUUUUAAAUAAUUUUAUGAUAAGAGAAACACAAUUGUAUCUUAGAAUAGCUUUUAUUUUAUGCCGAAUGUCGCCCUAACGAUUCAUAUGUUAACAUUACAAGGGCGAGUUAGGCGAUUAUUAAAAUAAUUAUAAUAUUUUCUUAAGAGCCACUAAAAAUAUACGCAUAUAUUUGGUACAAUAAUAUGCUCUUAUCGCCCCUUCAGAUUACAGAAAAGUAGAAACUUCGUUUUUAUUCAUCGUCAUUCAUGUUCGUCGCAAUAACUGACGUGUUGUGUUUUUUAGAGUUCUUUUUUUUUUCUUCGCGAUUUUACCAUUAGCGUCAGUUGUUGCGAAAGUUCGAUGUUAUAUUGGUGUUGCUAAUGCACUAUAGUUGUACCAAAAAUUCAUGAUAGCAUACUACAUAAUGAUAUAGAUCGAAAUUUAUUCGUGUAUAGCGACGAAGGGAUUCUGUCUUGGAUCCGUAUACUUUAGCAAUAACCAAGUACACAUAUUUGUUUCGACAUAUAUGGAUACAAAACGUAUCCCAUUGUAACGAGUGCUGUUCAAUAUUCUGUUUUUUAUCACCGUCGUUAAGAUGGAAAUUUUCGCUAAAGGAAAACAACAUACUAUGUCUUCUUGUAAAGUAGUUAAGGCGGUUAAAAUGAAAAUUGUGCGUUCAAUUUUUGAUUAAAGAUAUAUUUUUAUAGAGAUGCUAUGUUCAUUACGUUUAAAUAUGAAACAGAUGUAACGGAGCGCUAAAAUCGUGGUCGUUGAAUUAACUUGAAGAUCCUACAUAGUUUAUCACCUAUAUUAUAUCUAUUGCGUAAUCAAUGAUACACCUGUACAUUGAACAAGAAAAAAAAAAGAAAAAAUUGAUUGUAAAUUGAUAAUACAAUCCGAGGUUAUAUCUGUAGCUGUUGUGUAUGUACAGAAUUAACCUAAUUUGAAAUCAAAGUCUUAAAUAAAUGUUUUGCAUCCUA